CACACCAACUUGAUCAGAAGCUCCUCCCUCUUACAACACUAACCAGGAAGAGACGGACUUGUUAUUUCUCUUUUCUGCCAUACUGACUUUGUCUCGACAAAAGCAAUAAAGAAUCAGCGAUCAGUGGAGUACGAAGGGAAAAACUUUACAGAAGAAUUUGAGAAGUUUCUUUCUCUGAACAAGUCUGAUUCUGAUCUUUGUGAUUCUCAUGGUGAUUCAUUUUUAAAACCGUCGCUCAGAAAGUGAAAGUAAAGUUUAGAUUGCUGGAGUUCAAACAGUGAAAAUGGAUUCACUAAAUGUUUCUGCAGAAGAACUUUCUUGUCCUGUGUGCUGUGAAAUCUACAAGGCUCCAGUUCUUUUAUCCUGUAGUCACAGUUUCUGUAAAGAGUGUCUUCAACAGUACUGGAGAACCAAGACAUAUCAGGAGUGUCCUGUCUGCAGGAGAAUCUCAACAUCUGAUCCUCCAGUUAAUCUUGCGUUAAGAAACUUGUGUGAGUCGUUCCUGAAGGAGAGAAAUGAGAGGCGUUCAUCAGGGUCUGAGGAGAUCUGCAGUUUACACAGUGAGAAACUCAAACUCUUCUGUCUGGAGGACAAACAGCCUGUGUGUAUCGUGUGCAGAGAUUCAAAACAACAUGACAAUCAUAAAUUCAGACCCAUCAGUGAAGUGGUUUCAUCAUAUAAGGAGGAGCUCAAUACAGCACUGAAGUCCUUACAGGAGAAACUUAAACGCAAUACAACAAUGAAAGCAGAGUUUGAGAAAACAGUUCAACACAUCAAGGCUCAAGCUGAGCACACAGAGCGUCAGAUUAAACAGCAGUUUGAGAAGCUUCAUCAGUUUCUCAGAGAUGAAGAAGAAGCUACAGUCACUGCACUGAGGGAGGAAGAGGAGCAGAAGAAGCAGAGGAUGAAGGAGAAGCUGGAGGAGAUGAACACACACAUCUCAGCUCUUUCACACACACUCAAAGACAUGGAGGAGAUGAUGAAAGCCAAUGACGUCUGCUUUCUGAAGGAGUUUCCAGUCUCAAUGGAAAGAGUCCAGAGCUCACGGCCGGAUCCACAGAUGGCUUCUGGAGCUUUGAUUCAUGUGCCACGAUACUUGGGCAACCUGCCGUUCAGAGUCUGGAAGAAGAUGCAGGACAUCGUCCAAAACACUCCUGUGAUUCUGGAUCCAAACACUGCAGAUCCAUAUCUCGUCCUGUCUGAUGAUCUGACCAGUGUGAGAUACAGCGAGAACUAUCAAACUCUUCCUGAUAAUCCAGAGAGAUUUGACUUGGAUCCACGUCUCGUCCUGUCUGAUGAUCUGACCAGCGUGAGUCUCUGCGGGAACAAUCAAACUCUUCCUGAUAAUCCAGAGAGAUUUGACUAUUAUUCCUGUGUUCUGGGUUCAGAGGGUUUUAACUCAGGAACACACUGCUGGGAUGUGGAGGUUACAGAGAGUGAAUGCUGGACUCUUGGAGUAACUACAGCAUCAAACCAGAGGAAGGGAGGAGGUUUCUUAAACUCUGAUGUCUGGAGUGUGGAGUAUUAUCAGGACGGACUGUAUUUUAGUUCUGGUUUUCGUGUUAAACAGAAGCUUGAUCGUGUGAGAGUGAAUCUGGACUAUAAUGGAGGAACGGUGUCGUUCUCUGAUCCUGUAACUAACACACAUCUACACACACUCACAACCACCUUCACUCACACACUCUUUCCAUUCUUCUGGUGUUAUUCUGGCUCUCUGAGGAUCUUACCGGUCAAUAGUCAGUAAACGUCACUCCUGUAGAUCUGGAUCUUCUGCUUUCAUCAUGUUUCCAAUAUUUCCUCCAUCUCACAUGAGUAAGAGUGCUGUUGAUCUGAGUAUCAGUACGGUGGCUGUGAUUGGGCCGUGAUGAUCACAUGACUGAUAUCCAGCACUACAGCAACACUCAGAUCAAUAAACAUCAAGUUUUCAUUUAUAUUCCACUUCACACAAUUAGACCCAUUAGAGGCCGUUUUAGCAUUCAUGUUUUCAGGAUAACUGACAUUUACCAGAUUAUUACAGUCAAUGUGUGUUUAUUCAUUUCUAA